ACGGUAAUUCGAGCGGUGAUCAGGUCCAAACCUUCAGUUCCCUUUAGAAGGUAUUUUUUCACUGUUUUUUCCUUAGGAAGUUAAUAAUAAUUCUUCUUGAGCCCUAGUUACCGUUCAAAUGUGCUCGUAACGACCGCCAUAGUGUGAGUGGCGAUCAUUCACCCUUUUUUCCAGAACGUCACAUGUAAUAAUUCCGAUAACCGAUAGAAACCGAUUGUUGUUGAUAAAAAUCGAUACUCAUCAAUUGACAAAUAUCGUAAUCAAUAAGAGUUGAUCACAAACUGUCAAGUGAUUAUCGAUUUCUAUCGACUUUUGGUCUAAGAGUUCAUUUUUUCUUAUAUUUAUUAUCUACUGGAGGAUAAAAAGCGAUCAGAAGCUACAGUUUCAAGAUCCAUUUGCAAACUAUUACUAUUUGUUCAAAGGGUUCUGGCAUGUGUUUGAAAUGUCCCUCCAUAAAAAGAAUCAUGUUAUUUUACAUGGGAAAAGAAAAUGUGGGCUUUUUCCUAGGGCUCCUCGGGUUACAUCAUGCUAAAACUCUUAGUCUCCUAUAUUAGUCAAUUGUCAUGACGUCACCCCUGGAAUUUUUGAUUGGUGAAUUUCGCACCAAACAGGUAUGAAAAGUCCUUCAGAAUACCAUAACCAACCAGGGUUAAAAUUUAAGGACUUUUUGAAAAUCUAAUAAUAGCAGUGACAACAAUGAUGGUAGUAACAAUGACUGUAGUGGUGAUGUGCACGAUCUGAUCAUGAAUUUUUAUGACAAUGAACGUUGAUGCUAUGUGUCACAUUUUUGUUACUUAAGGGAGACUUUGGAAACACCAGACAAAGGGAUUGUUUGCUUGGACUGGUUUGACAAUGAUGACAGCACUGUUUAUAACGAUGCUGCAACAAGACCUACUGUAUUAAUACUUCCUGGACUCACUGGUUAGUAACUAAUUCCAAGAUGCUAAUAUCAGUAUUCAAAUUCCUUUUGAUGGCCUUCAAAAAUCUCUUACACAUAUACCUUUCAGUUAGAGGAAGUUGGUGUUAUAAAUACAUAUAUUUUAGGCUGUUUGUUUAUAAGAGAUUUAAGUGCUACACUAGAGGUUUUAACCACAUACUGGGUUCGGGCAGUCUUGAAAAGUCCUUGAAUUUUCUUCAACGUUGAAUGUAGUGGCCUGGAAAGAGUUUUUUGAUGCUUUUUGAUUGUCCAAGACAGAAUAUAAAUCAAAGCUCAGAGUAUUUAAAGGUUCUUUACACAAAGUGCUCUAUGUUUCAUGCAAUAAUUAACUAUCAAUUUGAAAAUUGUAGAGAAGUUGGUGAAGGAAACAGUUCAUGCUUUAAAGUCUUAUUAGAAUAGAUUAGGUAUGUGCAUUUUUGUACAAUCUGUGAAAUUUUAUUCCUAGUAGGUAGUCCUUGGAAAUCUAAUGUGGUCCUUGAAAAGUCUCUGAAAAAUGGUUGCAAUUUUUUGUAUGAAGCCUUUUUAACUUAACUAAGAACUAAAUGAAUGGUGAAUGAUAUUGAAAAUGUGUCAUUUAUCUUGUUCAAACCAUUAUUAUUUUAGGUGGAAGUGAGACAAGCUAUAGCCGUCAUUUGGUGGUACUGGGUGAAAAGUUAGGAGUGAGGUGGGUUAGAAUGCUGAACUUGUCCAGUAAGGAGAGCUGGGACACAUAGAAGUAUAAAACCCUCUGUUUUUCUUGUUCUAAUGCUUAUGUUGAUCCCAUUCAUAGUGGGUUUUAGACUGCUUGCAGUCCACCUUUUCUCUUACAAUCCGUCUUCUUAUCUCAGCCUGUGGGAUUGCAAAGCCACUACGUUAUGGAUUGGGACGAGACGAUAAAAGACGGACUGUGGACUCUCUUUUGUAGUAAACAAACCAGGGCUUCUGAUAUUUCGCGCGGUUGCAGACCCUCGAAAUUCAGGUAUUUCCGCGAAAUCCCGCGAAAUUCCCAAAAAAACACGAAAUACCGCGAAAUCCGCCAGAAAUAUUUCCAAAUACAUGUCGGCAAAACAUAUUUAAUACUUAUCUGGGCUAUUAGACCUGUUCUAUUCACCCCAAACGUCCAAAUUUAUCUUGAAACUUCGUCACUGCAAUGAGUAAACAACGUCUCAAAACUUCCAGGCGUUCUUAGAUGAACGUUGCGAAAAACUGGGCACUAACCAUAACGUUAACAGCUUUAGCGUUCGGUCAUUUCUCGAGCGAACUGUUGUUGAAAGAGCAAAUGAUUAUCCCUGUUAAAAAAACGUUCAACAAAUGCUGGUCAUAUCGACGCAAAAUUGAUUGAUUUUAGCAAAAUUUGCCAAAAAAAUUCAGCGAAAUCGGCUGUUUUUUACUGAUUGUUUCUUGGCGAAUUUUCCCCCGAAAUUUCCCGCGAAAUCGGCUGAUUUUCCUGCAAAUUUUGACUUUUCUCCCGCGAAAAUCCCGCGAAAUCGGCCAAUUUUUGAGCGAAUUUUGACUUUUUUCCCGGGAAAAUCCCGCGAAAUCGGCCGAUUUUCCGCGAAUUUGCCCCUGAAAAUCCCGCGAAAUUUUGCUUUUUUUUUCGCGAAAUAUCAGAAGCCCUGACAAACCCUCCGUUAGCCCAGAAACGGAGUAACCCUUUGGUCAUUUUUACAGCUGUUGACAGAUCAUUGACUGGUUCCUGCUUGACAUGAGCAUAAGGACAAGCAAAAGCCACCAAAAAUGAGACUUGUUGUUACAAAAACCUCUUGUGCGUGCAUUACUAGUCAAUAUCUUGCUUAAUAUGUAAAUGUUACUACUACUACUCAGUCCUAGUUAUCCCCAUAGGACAUUGCCUCCUCGACCUCACAGCAGAAAUAGUUUCUGUCCUUGCAUGCUUUCUCAUGUUUCCAUUGUUUGGUCUUGGAUUGUUGGGAUAAAAUUGUCUCAGGAAGUAGGGUUGAGUCUUUCCCCCAGCCUGGCCCCAGCCAGUUUCCAAAGUAGGGGGAUCCUAUGCCUGGCUCCAAUCUUGAGAGUCAACACUGUAAGUUAUAGCAUCAGGUGCUUCUUCAAAAAUAUGUAUCACCCGCUCCCAUGACCUCACCAACCCUGGUGCCGGCAGACCUGAUACUCCACCCUGCCCAUAGGUGACCUGUGAGCUAGUGGAGGGAAGGAAUUGCCUUACUUCUCCUGUUGAUAGAGGAUACCUCUACCCUGCUCCUUAAAUCUAAAUGUUACAGGUCAAAAUUAAAUUCAGGUUAAAAUUUUUUUCACCUGUUAUUCACUAUAUCCUUUCAGUCUCCUAGCCUGAAUUAUUCAUGAAAUUAGGGCUAGGCAGGGCUUCUGAUAUUUCGCGGAAAAAAAAGCAAAAUUUCGCGGGAUUUUCAGGGGCAAAUUCGCGGAAAAAUCGGCCGAUUUCGCGGGAUUUUCGCGGGGAAAAAGUCAAAAUUCGCUCAAAAAUCGGCUGAUUUCGUGGGAGAAAAGUCAAAAUUCGCUCAAAAAUCGGCCGAUUUCGCGGGAUUUUAGUGGGAAAAAGUCAACUUUCGAAGGAUUUUCGGGGCAAAUUCUUAGAAAAAUCGGCCGAUUUCAUGGGAAAUUUUGGGGGGAAACUUCGCCAAGAAACAAUCAGUAAAAAACAGCCAAUUUCGAUGGAUUUUUUUGGCAAAUUUCGCUAAAAUCGAUCAAUUUUGCGUCGAUAUGACCAGCAUUGUUUAACGUUUUUUAACAGGGAUAAUCAUUUGCUCUUUCAACAACAGUUCGCUCGAGAAAUGAGCGAACGCUAAAGCUGUUAACAUUAUGGUUAGUGCCCAGUUUUUCGCAACGUUCAUCUAAGACGCCUGGUAGUUUUGACACGUUGUUUAUUCGUUGCAGUGACGAAGUUUCAAGAUAAAUUUGGACGUUUGGGGUGAAUAGAACAGGUCUAAGAGCCAAGAUAAGUAUUAAAUAUGUUUUGCCGACAUGUAUUUGGAAAUAUUCUGGCGGAUUUCGCGGUAUUUUGUGUUUUUUUGGGAAUUUCGCGGGAUUUCGCGGAAAUACCUGAAUUUCACGGGUCCGCGACCGCGCGAAAUAUCAGAAGCCCUGGCUAGGAGACAAAGGAAAUUGAGAAUCAACCUAGGUUUAAUCGAUAAUUUAAACCUGAAUUUAAUUUUGACCUUAAACAUUAACAAAGAUAUUUUUUCAUUACCUCUAUUUUACAUAACAGGACAAUUGUUGCUAAUCAUAGAGGAUUUGGAGCCUCCCAGUUAAAGGUAAAUAUAAUUCAAAGGCCUGUUAGUGGCUACACAAGUGUUUCAAUCACUUUUAAUGUGAGUCAGGUCGAACCUUUCCUUGUGGAUGAUGGUGAUAAAGUGCAUUGUAGUAAAAUUUAUGCCUACCUUUAAUUUCAGACUCCAAGGACCUUCUGUGCAGCCAAUACUGAAGACCUCAAGUUUGUUCUAUCGCACAUUCACAGAAUCUACCCAGGAUCACCAAUAUUUGGCAUGGGAAUUUCUAUGGGAGGGUAAGGCAUUCCCCAUUACAGUCAAACCUCCUGUAAGCAACCACCCAAAAUGCGAAGAGUUAGUGGCCGCUUAUAGAAGGUUAUGCUUACGAGAAUCAAACCAUAGGGGGUCUCUUCCUACAAGAAGUCCGAACCCAACGCCUUUUUUGGAGAGAAUGUAUUGUAUGCGAUUUUUAGGUUAUAAUACUAGUAAUAACAAAUUAAAGGUUAUUGAUUGCGGGUGACAAUGAUUGAAGGUCAAAACGCUUUUGCUCCAGAGCUGUGCUUUUCAUAAGUUUUACAUGACAGAUAGCCAAAAUGCGUGUGAUCAGAUUACGGGUGAUAGAAGCUCCAAACGCGUGUGUUCAUAUGGCGUUCUGUGCAUUCCAUUCAUUUUUAGUGGAAGUCCAAGUAAAUGUAAUAACAACCUGGAGAUCAGGAUUGGGGGCUCCUCUUGUCACCCACAAUAACUAAAUCCAUGUUGUUUCUAGAAGUUCUUUUCAUACUCUGAGUAGUGUUGUACAUACAGUGAACACACAGAUCAGACCAUUCUAUCAGGUGGUCGAUUAGAAAAGGUAAAGAACAACGGAAAAUUAUAAAACCGCCAUCUGAAAAAGUGGCCUGUGUGGCUUACGAGAGACGGUUGUUUACGAGGGGUUUCAACUACUAUAAGGCUUUGACUUGGAAAAUCUUGGUGUUUUGGAUAAGUGGUGACUUAUGGGAGGUGUUUGCUUACAAGAAGACGUGGUCACGCAUGGAGGUUUGACUGUAUUUGAUUGAAACAACUAAAGCUAUGGAUGAUAGGAAAACAAUAUUUUGUUUCGUCUUUACAUUCUAUUAUUUGAGUGGUCAAUGGAACACCAGUAAGACCCUAAGUGACUUCUGAUAUAAAAUCAAAUUCUCCCUUUGAUUCUCAAGCAUAUUCAAGGCUAGUUGGUAGGAGAAUCAAGCCUUAGUAUAAAAAGUCACUUGGGGCUUUGUUCUCACAAAUACAGUAAAUUAGGCAUUGCUCUAUCUACUCUAAGCUUGGAUGCUGGCAUAUAAGGCACUGUGUGAGCCAACUGGGAAAAUGUCCCGUACUAUUUUCGAACGGCUGGUAGGGCCCUUUUCUAUUGCAGUGAUACUUUGAAAUGCAUUUUUAAAUGUUUUGGUUUCCAAUAAAGUCGUCUUCGUUGUUGUUGUUUUUUUUCAUCCCCAAAUUAGUAAGUAAUAGUAAUAGGUAAAGGUCCUUAUUUUAUUUCGCUAACCCUUUAAGCUCCAAUAUCAUUAUUCAAAUUCUCCAGAUUGGACUCCUUACAUUUCCUUGAAGACUAGUUGAGAGAAUUUGAUAAAAGAUCAAAGCAUUUUUCUCAGGUGAUCAUUUCACUAAUUCUCAUAACCAUUUCUCUUAACAAUGUAUGGAUAUUGUUAGGAGAAAAUUGAUGUUGGUCACUAUAAUUGAGACUUAAAGGGUUAACUUGUAAUAGUACUUUAAAACUGAGAAACCUGAGGUCGACGAUGCACUCAUUUUACCCCCUCUCUCCAUUAGUGCUCCAUUUUAAAGGUAUAAAAAGCUACUUAAUGUUGCACAGAAAGGGAGAAGCUGAAACAAAAGUUUGAGGUCUAACUAGGAAGUCAAUCAAACUCUGGACCCUUCCCCCCCUCCCCUCAGAGAAGGCCACACUCUUACCACUGUGCUAAUCCUAAUUUGACUGUGCUAAAGAAAGAUUGAUGAAGACAAUACGCAAGAAAAUUUCAAAUCCCAGGCUACUCCCAUUUCUAGACUCACUGUUAGUACUGAAGUUGUUAACCAUUUAGGCCAUUAUAUCCACUUUUAAAUUCUUCAGGCCGAUUUUCUUGCAUUUCUUUUAAGAUUAGUAGGAAGAAUUUGCUUAGAGAUCAAAGCGUUUUCUUUUAGGUGAUCACGUUAUUAAUUCUUGUUAGUUUUUUCUUGAUUAUUGGUUGAUAUCUUAAGGAGAAAAUUAAUUUCGGCCUGUCUUUGGACGUAAGCGUUAAGAAAUUUUUUGAAGACUCACGUUUUGUUUUUACAGGAUGAUCCUUAUGAAUUAUUUAAAUGAAGUGGGUGACUGUGAGAGUUCAGGUCUUGUUGGAGUCAUGGCUGUUUCUCCUCCGUGGAACUGUAUGGAGUCCUGUGAGUCACUGGAACAACCAAUCAACAGCUUUCUUUUUAAUCAGCACCUGACCAGGAACCUGGUGCAGAUGAUACAGAGGUACUCAGCUACUCAUACGUUAAAGACCUUUAGAUUCUAAGACGAGAACGACUACGAGUAUGAGAUUUUCUUUUCGUGCGUAAGGCAGCGUCAUUAUUAGGGACCUUAAGAUCCGACGACGGAGACGGCAACGGGAACACCACAAAAGCAAAAAGUUUAAUUAGCAAAACCACAAUUUUGCACGCGCAUCACGCUUUUUUGUACAUUUCUUUGCGGUCACUGCACGACUACGACGUGAAAAUGCCUAAUUUCACGAUGUACAGAGGAAAUACACAAGCGACGUCGAAAUUUCCUCUCUCUUUCUGAACUUGAAUAUGGUUCUUAGGAAUUCAACUUUAGGAGGGUUCGCCUACAUUUGACAAAGUUAGUGACUUGGAGUAAUCGCGAUGAAGAUUGAAAGAACGCGAAUUCACUUUUUCAGCGACGUUUUAGCCGUAGUGGUGAGUUAUCAAAUGUUAGAAGUUUUAGCAUUUUGGAAUUGGGAGAGGUCUCAGCCUCCUUCAAUAUCGAUAACAGUGCUAACUUUUCCGGUGAAAAAAGUACAAUGAAGAAUUCCGGGGUGCGUAUUUUUUGACAAUACGCGAAAAAACUUUAAAUCAAAUCUCGUACUCUUAGUCCUUCUUAUCCUCGAAUCUAAAGGUCUCUGUUUAGCCAGACGCUGAAAACUGAACAUUUAGGUGGCCUCUUUUUCCAUGUCGGAAGCCAAAUUAUAAGAGAUUAAGGGAAUUUUCCUUGAAUCUUAUCUAAAACCGGGGCUCCUGCAGGAUACCUGCACACCCUUCUGGCUAAACCAUGUGUCCAUUCUCACUCAACAGACAACUCUCUAAAGAUAAAUACCUCUAUAAGAGACCUCUAUAAGGUGGACACCUUGCUAAAACAGACAUCAAGCAUUGGCCCCUGCUUACUGGUACUGUUCUUUUUUCAAAAGGUACAGUGUGGAGCUUGGUUAACCCUUAAAACCCCAAGAUCAAAAUUUGCAUUCUCAUUUGUUGCCCCUAUUCAUUUCAAACAGAAGUAGUGGGGAGAAGUUGAUAACAUAUCGAGCAAAUUCAUCUUGUGUGAUAAUGUCUGUAAUUCUCAUGACCACUCUGUUUUACAGAGCAUUGAUAUUACAAGGAGAAGUUUGAUGCUGACAUUAAGGGGACAUGCCUUUGUGUCCGUAUUAUCCGGGUUUCUAUAUUUAGCUGGUUAUUUUUAGAGAAAAUUUGAGACUUUUCAGUGUCGCGAAACUAUCCAUUAUAUACAAGUGUCUGUAGUAAGUGGGUGUCCGUAGAGCAGGCCAUUCCACUGUACAUGUCUAUGUGAAUUUUCUGCAGAAGGAGUUUCUUUUAAAUGGUCACAUCACAGGAUUUUGUUUAAAAAAAAAAUAGUACAAUAGGAAAGCACGUUGGGUGAAGAGGUUUCGUUAACGUUUGAAGUGAUCACACCACAGGAUUUCAUUCACUGACUCAAAAGUUAGAGCUACAAACUAAAAAAAAUAGUACCAUGUGAAAGUACAGUCAACUCUCUCUUAACAGACACCUCUAUAAGACGGACACCUCUGUAAAACGGACACCUAGCGUUGGUCCCUGCCUUUCUUUCCUCCCUCUAUUUGACUCUCUAUAAGACGGACACCUCUCUAAGACAGACAGCUAGUGCCGGUCCCAAAGGUGUUCGUCUUAGAGAGAGUUCACUGUACUACUAAAGAGGUUUCAUGUGAAUGGUAACACCAUAGGAUUUCGUCCACUCAUUCAAAAGUUAGAACUACAUACUAAAUAAUUAGUACCAUGUGAAAGUACUGCUGAAGAGGUUUCAUUUGAAUGGUCACACCAUAGGAUUUCGUCCACAGACUCAAAAGUUAGAACUACAUACUAAAUAAAUAGUACCAUGUGAAAGUGCUGCUGAAGAGGUUUCAUUUGAAUGGUCACACCAUAGGAUUUCGUCCACAGACUCAAAAGUUAGGACAACAUACGAAAUAAAUAGUACCAUUUGAUGAUUGAUUGGGUGGCAUUGGAAUGUUCACAGCAUAAGGUUUCAUCCAAAGAGGAAAGCGAAGAUCAUAGAACGUAUAACUCUCUAUUUAUAGAAGGCCCCAAGGCGGCACGAAGGGUACCUACCAGUAUUCAACAUGGAGAGAGUUCAUUGUAUGAUCAGCACAAUAAUUAUAAUGAAAAAUAGCUGUUAUGGUAACAGUGUGGCAUGGUCAAAAAUAACGGCUUUAUAUGUCUCCUUUUAGUAACCUGGAGGUGUUUGAAAGUCAUUUGGGGAAUCUGCCAUUUGAUAUCCAUCAUGUAUUAAAGGUACUGUGUUCAUUCAAUUCAAGUUUCAUGCUGGUAAUUACUUACAUGUCGUGUCAUUCAAACAUUCAAUUUUCAUCUUUUGAAAAAUUUUAACCCUCGGCAUGGGAUUUUUUGGGGUUAUUUUUGCCUCUUUUCGAUCAUCCCCGUCACUUUAACUCCGGAGUAUCCCCCUUGUGAUUGCCUUAGUUUAACUAGUUUUUCUUCGCUCGGGCUCCGCCCUCGUUUCUCGCAGCUUCGCUGAUCGCCACUCGCGCGUGCCCUCGUUUCUCGUGCUCGCAUUCUACCGUAUCUCAAGAGAAAAAUAGGAGACUGCUCGCAGUGUAUAGUUUAACAUAAACAUAGUUACAUAGUAAGGCAUACCGUAUGAUGUUAUAUUUGCAGUCAAGGACCAUACGCGAGUUUGAUGACAGAUUUACAUCUCCAACAUUUGGUUAUCGUAACUAUGAGGAAUACUACAGUGCUGCGACUCUUCACACCAAACCACUGCACACAAUAAGAGUACCUGUGCUGUGCUUGAAUGCCGCUGAUGAUCCGUUUUCCCCUCUGCAUGGUGAGUGAGGGUUCAUUUCACCCCUUAAGUCCCAAUAGUGACCAACAACAGUUUUCUCCUAACAAUAUCCAUACAUUGUCAAGAGAUAAAGUUGUGAGAAUAUAUAAAAUGAUCACGAAAGAGAAAAUGCCUUGGAAUAUCAUCGUCCGAGUAAGUUAAGUCCCGAAAAGGACUGUUGUUGACAGUGACUCCCGUUUCGACAACCUGUGCGGCAGUCAUCUCCACAGUCAAAGUGAGUUCUGUUUAUUGACAUGAUUAGUCAAUUAAGUUGCGAUGUUAUUGGUUAUCUGUCAGUUAAGCCAUGAUGUUAUAGGCUGUGAAGAUUGUUAAUGUGAUUUGCCACAAGUGUUUCUAUCCUUCUUUUUUCACAGUUAUAAUUGUCGUUUCACUGACACUCAAAAGCAUUAAAUUGGCAAAUCUCAAUUUACCCGCAACUCAGUUUAAUAGCAAGACAGCGUCGACCUCGGUAAUUUCUUUUGUGGAAAAUAUCGACUCUAGGAUCAGAAGGGAUUUGUGGAAUUUAAUCUAGUAUAGGGUGGCAAAAUUCAGCUGAACUAGGUAUGGAAUAAGGUAAUGGUCCGGUAUCCCAGCGGCUCGUCCCCAUCUAAACAUUCCUAAAGUACCCCCGGGGGGGGGGGGGGGGGUGAAUUCGGGACUGUAGACUAUCCAGGUAAGAUCGUAAUGACAAAUUUGCUUUCUCUUUGCUCUCAUUGAACAGCGAUCCCUCUAGAUGCGUUAGCCGAGAAUCCGCUGGUUGCCAUGGUACUCACGUCAUAUGGUGGUCACAUUGGCUUUGUGGAGGGCGCUGGAAUUGAAGGAACCAAUUAUAUGGAAAGACUGUUUGUUCAGUUCACCAAAGGAAUCUUUGAACUUGUCGAGAAGGGUAGACUCCAGGAAGUGAUCGAAAAGGCUCACUCAUAA